ACAACACGUUCAACAAUUGUGGGUGCAGCUGCGGUUUCGGCCAUAAUAUAUUUUAUAUACACCUUCUUACCAAUUAUCGAAGAAACAUAUUUGUUUGCAAUUUCUUAUUAGUGUAAAAAGCCGAAAAUCUGAAUAAAAUAAUUUAAUUUUGUAACUAGUAUUAAGAAAAAGUGCUUAAAGAAAGAACAAGUUUGUAACAUAUUGAGUGUCGGAAGAACUUAUUGAGUACGUCGAGAAUUAUGGUAUAAGAAACAAGAGCUUAAGAAAAAAAGAGUAUUAACAACAAAAUAUGAAUACCUAGAGCGAAAGCAUCAAAAGCUAGCGACUAGCUAGUGGUAGAAGCGUCUUCAACAGUAGGUUGGCAAAAAGACAAAAAUAAUACAAACCGUUAACGUUGUUGUUCUACGAAUUGAGAUGGUGACGGUGACGGUGACGGUGAAUCGUCAGCUAGAAGUCAUAAUCUGUGAGUCUCAAACACUUGCGUUAGUACGUUUUGGCCACAUCACGCAGACGGUCGGUUAACGACGGCUCAGCACGAUCUAUGCAAAUACGCUAGGUAGUAGCGGUAAAACUGGAUUUGGAUUUCUACAAAAUUGUGCCAUAGCGAAAGAAGUACAAACUAAACGACGAUUAAGCGCACUAGCCAAAAGCUAAUGAAUUAACAUUAGCAUAAAAUUCCAUUUUCGAUUGGUGUAGAAUCAAAGGCGAAAGUUGUAAGUUACGAGUGGAAGUGUUGCGCCGCAAUAUACUACAUAUAAGCAACAUAAAUGAGAGCAGUUUAUUUACUAUCGGAUUAAUUUGUGCCGUGGUUGUAGCCUACGGUAAUGCGUAUACCGUUGACUUCGGUCUUACAUCCCUGCUCCUUUAAGUUUGAAUACGGCAACAAAAGACCACCCACUCACCGUCAUAAUUGCACACUCAACCUCCCAUCUACUGCACCUAGCUAGCCCUUAGCACGACACGAUUAAACAUGUUGCGUUCCUUGCGUCCCCUACGUUCCUGUUACGGCAAAACUAUUAUUUUCGCAUUGGUUACGCUCUGCUUUAUACUUUACAUUAAAGUGCUACAAGUUGAGGACACCAUACGAGAAGCUCAAAGUCAAAAUGCAAAACUAAAAAGCUUACAGGAGCAAAACGAUGUACUACCUAAAGAAGAAACAUACAAACACAGAGCGCGCAUCAAUCCACGACAUCGUGCGAUUGAACGUCCGCAUAAUGAAUUGGAGCCUUCAACAGAAUCAAUAUAUGAGCUAAGCAUACGUAUGGAUUUGCAGAAGCAAGAUCCAGCACUAGGAGCACUUGGAACGUCUGCACAUUUGAGUGGUGAAGCAGCACGGCGUGGCGAGGAAAUUUACAAAAAGAUUUCACUAAAUCAAGAAAUCAGCGAAAGAUUAUCGUAUAAUCGAACUUUAGUUGAUUCGCGCCACCCAGCAUGCUUGCAACAGACUUUUGAUUUAAAAACGCUGCCCAGCACUAGUGUCAUCGUAAUUUUCUACAAUGAACCCUACUCAGUGCUGGUCCGUACAGUGCAUAGUACUUUGAAUACGUGCAAUGAAAAGGUGUUGAAGGAGAUCAUUUUGGUCGACGAUGGUAGCACAAAUGAUGAGUUGCACGGUAAAUUGGAUUACUAUAUCAGUACUAGAAUACCAAAUGGAAAGGUGAAAGUGUUGCGUCUUAAAAAUCGUCUCGGUUUGAUACGAGCGCGCUUGGCCGGCGCCCGCAUAGCCACCGGCGACGUGCUCAUCUUUUUGGAUGCACAUUGUGAAGCGAAUAUUGGCUGGUGUGAGCCACUGCUGCAGCGCAUCAAGGAAUCGCGUACCAGCGUGUUGGUGCCGAUAAUCGAUGUGAUCGAUUCGAAAGAUUUUCAAUACAGCACAAAUGGCUAUAAGUCGUUCCAGGUUGGCGGUUUCGAGUGGUCGGGCCAUUUCGAUUGGAUUGAGCUAUCGGAUCGUGAGAAGAAACGUCAAUUGCGUGAAUGCGAUCAACCGCGUGAAAUAUGUCCAGCCUAUAGUCCGACCAUGGCGGGUGGUUUGUUUGCGAUCGAUCGACGCUACUUCUGGGAUAGUGGUAGUUAUGAUGAGCAGAUGGAUGGCUGGGGUGGUGAAAAUCUUGAGAUGUCCUUUAGAAUUUGGCAAUGCGGUGGCACAAUUGAAACGAUCCCAUGUUCGCGCGUGGGGCACGUGUUUCGCGAUUUCCAUCCAUACGAAUUCCCCAACGAUCGCGAUACGCAUGGCAUCAACACUGCGCGCAUGGCACUCGUCUGGAUGGACAACUAUGUAAAUAUCUUCUUCCUCCAUCGUCCCGAUCUGAAAAACCACCCGGACAUCGGCGAUUUGACACACCGCAAGCUGUUGCGUAAGAAGUUGCGUUGCAAGAGUUUCAAUUGGUAUUUGGAGAAUAUCUAUCCGGAAAAAUUCGUACCGACCAAGAACGUGUUGGCCUACGGACAAAUACGUGCGCUCAGUAAAGAGCUAUGCGCCGACGAUUUGUCGCAAAACAAUGAGAAACCCUACAAUUUGGGUAUAUUUUGGUGUGCCAAAAAACUGACCAAAUCACAAUUCUUCACGCUGACCGACACGCAAGUGCUGCGCAACGAGCUCAGCUGCGCCACCGUGCCACACGGGCGCGGCGAUGUGCGCAUCGUCAAGAUGGUGUCCUGCAUGGACAACGACGACUACAACGAGCAGUGGAGCUACGAGAACGAACAUCUGAUACAUCUGAAUACGGGUCUGUGUUUGGAUCAUAUGGGAUUGCGCAGUUCCGAUGAGUUACAAGUGACGCGCUGUGAUAAUGACAGUGAGACGCAACGCUGGACCAUACAGCACGAGAAGUUGCUGUGAGGGCGUGUGGCGGCCAGGUAGAGUCGACGGGUCAACUAGUUAGUUCUAAGUCGAAAGUCAAAGCCAUUGUGUAAAUAUUGAGUAUAGCUCAUAUACAUAUUUAUGUAUACACAUGUAUGUAUGUAUAGUGUGCACAAGUAUAAAUAUAUCUGUGUAGCGCAGAUAUUUUUUUUAUUUUUUUUUAUAUUUAUUUUUGACAACUUGACACUUUGUAAAGCAGUUAUUGUUAGCUAAUAAUUUUUUGGCACUUAAGUUUUUUUCUGUUUGGUAAAGUGCACAUUUUAAGCACCUACACCGUUAGUUGCUGCUGAGGAAGCAGUUCUUGGUGUCGUGAAAAUCUGUAAUCAUAAUGUAAAAAUAGCAUUCCUAGCGGCACCGCUGAUGUUGCAGCUCAUCUAGCGGUGCUUAUUCUGCAUACACACUCGAAUGUAUGUAUGUAUGUGUACUCAGCGCAUUGUAGUUAGCGAAAAUAUAUUUUUAUGUAAUUUAAAGUAGUU